CUGGAGAAACUACUUAUGCAAAACUUAUGGCAUAAGGUCCCAUAUUGACUGACAAUAUGCUUCUUGAACUUUUCGUUUUCAGCGAAAGGUUACUUUCGAAUCGAAACUUUACUUUCGGCAUUUAAAAUUUUUUCACCGAAACUUUUGUUUUGUGUGACAUCACUUGGUGUAAUUAAAUAUAGGCAACAAACUUUCGCACGAAUUAUGGCGAAAUCUGCACUAUUUUAAUUAAUACGGAAUAAAUAUGAUUAAAAAUAUCAGUCUGGCAACACUAUACAAAUAACAUCAGACGAAUUACUACAUUCUAUUUGGUUUUUAAAAAUAGUGGUUUUUGUGAAAUCUAAAUUAUAAAAUGGUUUCAAGUGAUAUGUUUUGGAAUAUUGGCCAUAAAAUUACUGGCCAUGACUUAAAAGGAAGCCUCGGUAUGGGUUAUCGCAAAUUUCGAGCUUUUUUUGGGACAUCUCCACAGGUGUGUGUAAUCUUUUGGGACAGGUUGUCUACUCGACGUCCCACAAAUUCAACACCCGAGCAUCUGUUAUGGGGACUCAUGUUGCUAAAGCAAUACAACAUCGAGAGUGUAAAUGCGACCCUUGUUGGAGUAACUAAUAAAACUUUCCGCAAAUGGUCUAUGAUCUUCAUUCGCCUUUUAGCAAAUCUGUCAGUGCUUGAUUGGGAGAAACGUUUCGAAAACGCCCCAAGAGGCACAUCCACUUUCGUUUCUUUAGAUGGAACGGACUUUAGGAUAAUGGAACCAUCUGCGUUCGACCCUAAAUGGUAUUCUCACAAAUUUCACGGCCCUGGGCUACGAUAUGAGAUAGGAAUCUGCAUCCUAACCGGACACAUUGUUUGGGCCCACGGAGGACUUCCUUGUGGUGAAUGGCCGGACUUAAGACUAGCUCGAGAUGCUUUUAUUCACCGUCUUCAGCCAGACGAAAAAGUAGUGGCUGACAAGGGAUACCAGGAUCAGCAUUAUUUUGAAAAUCCCGGGGGGGACCAGCGGAAAAAAAGAAUCUUAGCGAGACAUGAAACAGUUAAUGGACGAAUCAAGCAGUUUUGCUGCAUGAAAGAUAGAUUUCGCCAUGCUCUGUUUUUACACCCUUGUUUUUUUCAUUCCGUUGUAAACUUAACGCAAUUGAUGAUUGAAAAUGGCGAACCAAUGUUUGCGAUUGACACAUAGUGCGAAAAUAAAUAUUCUUUUUCAUUUUUUUUAAAUAAAAA